UUAUCAGAAUUAAAGCAUUAGCUUUAAGUAGAGAUUGUGUCCAAAACAGCAUACUAGUACACUAAGUAGUAUUUUAUAAUAUUAUGCCAUGUACUAUGGUAGUAAUCUAAACGGAUUUGGACCGAGUCCACACACACACACACACACACACACACACACACACACACAAGCUAUGUCAAAUCGCGUUGCCAGAUUUAUUUGAGAUAGGCCUAUUGGUUUAUGGUCAAAUGGCCUUGCGCGAAUAUAGGCACGGUGUUCUGAUAAUUCAUAAGAUUUUAAAUGCUUAAAUUUGUUUUGUUUCUUUUUUUCUUUAUUUUUUAAACCAUAUCUAUAUACUGUAACAAUCAUUUUACAAAGUUCCCGUUUUGGCUUGUUGCAAACUGAGAAGGGAUAGAAACAAGGAUUGCGUAGAACACUGUUACAACAAUCUGGCAACCCAGAGCCGAGCGGAAUACUCCACCGGACGCUCUUUUCACCAGCGGAUUUGGUUCACUUCAAUUAAAGAAGAAGAUGAACACCAACGACGCCAAGGACUAUCUCUCCAAACGUCAGAUCCCUCAUCUGUUUGAGAGCAUGUUGACUGGCUUGAUGUAUCACCGCCCUGAGGACCCUUUGGGCUUCCUGGAAAACUGCCUGCAGAAAACAAGAGAGCUCGGAGGUCCUGAAUGUGUGGCCUGGGACACCUUCAUCAUGCCUGAUCGUAAACCACUACCACCGAUUACCACUGCACAGGGAAAGAAAGCCCCCUGCAAGCUGGACAGUGGUCCUGGUCCUGGGCCUUACCGACGCUAUGACAGAUUGCCUCCCAUUCAGGCUCAGUUCUCCAUUGAGAGUGAUUCUGAUAUGACUGAGUCCUCUGGCCUCAUACAGGAGUAUGAUGUCUUUGACCCAUUAAAACCAAGGCCACACAUCAUAUUCAUCAUAGGUGGUCCAGGCAGUGGAAAGGGCACUCAGACAGCUAAGAUUGCAGCUCAUUAUGACUUUGAGUGUGUGUCUGUCGGGGAGAUUUUAAGAAACCAGCUGCUUCAGCAUGCUCCCAGUGACAGGAAAUGGGAACUGAUCGCUCAAAUCAUUGCCAACGGAGAACUGGCACCUCAGGAGACGACAAUCGAGGAGCUCAAGCAUCAAUUCAUCAAGAAACAAGAUGCCAAAGGUUUCAUUGUGGAUGGAUUCCCACGUGAAAUAUCUCAGGUGUUCACCUUUGAAGAACAAAUUGGCUCUCCAGAUCUAGUGAUCCUACUAGCUUGCUCUAAUCAGCAGCUGCGUCAGCGCCUGGAGAAACGUGCCCUGCAGCAGGGUCGGCCUGAUGAUAACACCCAUGCCAUUGAGAAGCGACUCGAAACCUUCAAGCACAACAUAACCCUCAUAGCCAAGUAUUACCAGGAGAGAGGACUAAUUAUUAGGGUUGAUGCUGAUCGAGAAGAAGAUGAAAUUUUCACAGAUAUCAAAGCAAUAGUGAAAGAGAAACUGUUCUCAAAAGAAGAAGAACCAAAGGGUUUAUAAGAACUGUGACUACGUUUUGAAAACAACUGUUCUUGCCAGGACCAAGA